ACGACAGUAAAUACCAAAGAGAAGCGGGCGGUGCGUCAACAAACACACGUAUCUGUCAGACUCAGAGCAGGAGUUAUUGAUUAUUGAACAGCACGGAGAGGAACACACCUGUACAAACAUCAUGUCGAGCUCCCAUUAGCAGUUUGCAGUUGAAACAGACGCUGGAUUCUGGACCGCUUCGCUCUUCACCGCCUUGGCACUUAACAUAUGCUUUUACAUGAGGAGGGCCGAGAAACCCGAGGGACACAGACAAAUGCGACCCAAGACGUUCCCUGCCAGCAACAACAGCGGCAACAGUCAGCAAAUGCUGCAGGAGAUCCGGGAGAGCCUGCGAAACCUCUCCCCGUCCUCCAAUGCGUCCAAGACAGAGCAUAGCUGGAAGGGCCCGCCGGAUGAGUCCCGACAGCAGGGGCGCAGCAACAACCCCAGAAACUCCCACCACCACAGAGCCCUGCAGGAGAUCCGCAAAUCCCUGCAGCCUUUUGCCCACGACAGCUCCUCCAGCGGAGACAACAGCUCUGCAGACUACAGCAAACACACGCUCCAGACGCAGGAGCCCGGCUUUGAUGAGGAGCUGGUGGUCAAUAGGAUAAACUUCCAGGAGGCUGUGAGGGAGCAGAUACCUUCGGCACGUCCUGUGAACACAGCCAUGAAACAAGCUGGUCCACCCCAAAUUCAACAGCCAUUGUUGCGGCGGCAAAGCUGGAAGGGUUCAAAGGAGUCUCUGGCCGCACAGCGACACAGCGCUUUAAUUAAUGAUGUCCUGAUUUAUCGCCCCAGCAGCCCCGGGCCUCAAAGCGACCUCUCUCGGCCUGCCACCUUCCCUCAAAAUCUGGCUUCUGCCUCCAGCGGCCAGCGAGUGAACGCUCCCCUGUCGCGGCAGGUGCGCAGCAUCACUCCUCCUCCGUCUUCAUGGGACUCCAAUCCCUCAACCAAGCGCUAUUCUGGGAACUUGGAUUACCUAGUGUCACGGAUCUCCCCUGUGCCUCAGGGCCCUCGAACCGAUGGUUAUAUAAAUCCUCAGCCCCAAAAUCAGCGUGGGCUCAGCCCGGUGCCGGUGGGUCGGCAGCCCAUCAUCAUGCAGAACUCUAACAGCAACAAGUUUAACUUCCCACCGUCCUGGCCUCAGAAUGGCAACAUGCAAAACGAAUACAUGGGCCUUAACAGCGGUGCCUGGCAGCCACCGCCACCUCCCUAUUCCAUGCACCAAACCAACAGGCAGAGCCCCACAGCCCAGCAGAUGCAGUCCAGUGCUCUAACCGCACCCCCAAAUGGAGCCAGCCUCCCCCAGAGCAUGCUGGUGCCCAAUCGCAACAGCCACAACCUGGACAUGUAUAACCUUGGAGUAAUACGGCCGCCAGUGCAGCAGGCUCAGACGCCCCCCGGCCAGGACACCUCCUCAUCAUGGACGCACAGCGUCCCAGGACGCUCCAACUCCUUCACAAGUGCACCAAACAAUCGCCGCCAGUGUCCCAACUCGCAGCUCUCUGCCACCACGGUCACCACAGUAACGCAGGCGCCCAUCCUGCAGCCGGUGAAGAGCAUGCGCGUGCAGAAGCCAGAGCUGCACACCGCUGUGGCCCCUGCACACCCGCCCUGGCUGCAGCCACCUCCGCCCACUACUUACCAAGAGCCGCCCGCACCCCUCGCACCUGCUGCAGAAGUCCCGAGCUACCAGGGCCCACCGCCUCCCUAUCCCAAACACCUGCUCCAGCAGCAGCAGCAGCCACCAGGGUAUGACUCCAGCCCCGCACUAAAGCCCUGCAGUAAAGAAGGGGACACGGCCGACAACGAAAACGACACAGACAGCACCUGCUCCAGCGAGAGGGCCGAGGGCUCGGAGGAAGAGAAGAAGCAGAUCACGACGUCCCCGGUGCCGGUGCGCCGACAUAAACGAGACGAGGAACGCAAGGGCGAAAGCAGACUUCCCAUGUACUCUCCGCAGGCCUUCAAGUUCUUCAUGGAGCAGCACGUGGAGAACAUCCUGAAGAACCACCAGCAGAGGAUGCGCAGGAAGAAGCAGCUGGAGAGCGAGAUGCAGCGGGUAGGACUCUCGGGCGACGCACAGGAGCAGAUGCGCAUGAUGCUGUCCCAGAAGGAGUCCAACUAUAUCCGCCUCAAGCGCGCCAAAAUGGACAAAUGCAUGUUCGAGAAGAUCAAGACACUGGGAAUCGGGGCGUUUGGAGAAGUGUGUUUGGCUCGGAAAGUGGACACUGGAGCGCUCUACGCCAUGAAGACCCUCCGUAAAAAAGACGUGUUGUUAAGGAACCAGGUAGCCCACGUGAAAGCAGAGCGGGAUAUUCUCGCUGAAGCGGAUAACGAGUGGGUCGUCCGCUUGUACUACUCUUUCCAGGAUAAAGAUAACUUGUACUUCGUCAUGGACUACAUCCCUGGUGGGGACAUGAUGAGUCUACUCAUCAGAAUGGGCAUUUUUCAGGAGGACUUGGCUCAGUUUUACAUCGCAGAGCUUACCUGUGCUGUGGAAAGUGUCCACAAAAUGGGUUUCAUCCAUCGAGACAUCAAACCAGACAACAUUCUGAUCGACCGUGAUGGACACAUCAAACUGACAGACUUCGGCCUCUGCACUGGAUUCAGAUGGACUCACGACUCGAAAUACUACCAAAGCGGUGAUCAUGUGCGUCAGGACAGCAUGGACUUCAGUAUGGAGUGGGAAGAUUCUGCAAACUGCCGCUGCGGGGAUCGCCUGAAGCCCCUGGAGCGCAGAGCGGCUAGACAACACCAGCGCUGCCUGGCACACUCUCUAGUGGGAACGCCCAAUUACAUCGCACCCGAGGUUCUGCUGCGCACCGGCUACACGCAGCUGUGUGAUUGGUGGAGUGUUGGCGUUAUCCUCUAUGAGAUGGUCGUCGGUCAGCCUCCAUUUCUGGCCACGACUCCUCUGGAGACGCAGAUGAAGGUGAUCCGCUGGCAGACGUCACUCCACAUCCCGCUGCAGGCCAAGCUCAGCCCGGAGGCCACAGACCUGAUCCUGAAGCUCUGCCGCGGCCCGGACGACCGGCUAGGCAGAAACGGAGCUGAUGAGAUCAAAGCACAGCCCUUCUUCAGGACCAUCGACUUCUCCAAGGACCUGCGGCAGCAACAUCAAGCCCCCUACAUCCCCAAAAUCACACACUCUACAGACACCUCCAACUUCGACCCAGUGGACCCAGAUAAACUGUGGAGCGAGGACGCGGACGGAAACCACAACGACACUCUCACCCGCUGGUUCAAGAACGGCAAGCACCCCGAGCACGCCUUCUACGAGUUCACCUUUCGCCGGUUCUUUGACGACAACGGCCACCCGUACAGCUGCCCUAAGCCCAUCGAGAGUGAGGAGGAGGACGAGGACGAAGACUACGUUGAAGAGGACGAGCCGUCGCAGCGGCCGAUGGAGCAGAACCGAGACCUUGUGUACGUGUAGUUGGCACCCUAGACCACAUUCCCUCCACAUUAAAGGGAUAGUUCACACACAAAUUACAAUUCUGUCAUUGUUUACUAAUCCUUUACUUGGUUCCAACCUGUCUGAGUUUCUUUACUCUAAUGAACGCAAAAGGAAGAUUUUUUAAAGACGGCUGGAAUGCUGUUUAUUUUAGUUUAGUGUUUCUUCUAUUGUAGUACAAUACAAUUUUGAGGUAUUACACUACUAUGGAAGUCAAUGGUUAUAAUACGACUAUGGAAGUCGGUGGUUUGUAUUAUACUACCAUAAAAGGCGAUGGAUAUUAUACUACUAUGGAAGUCGAUGGUAAUUACACUACAACCGAAGUCGAUGGUUUGUUUUAUAUUACUAUAAAUGGCAAUGGUUAUUAUACUACUAUGGAAGUCGAUGGUAAUUACACUACAAUCGAAAUCGAUGGUUUGUUUUAUAUUACUAUAAAAGGCGAUGGUUAUUAUAUUACUAUGGAAGUCGAUGGUUUAUAUAAUACUACUAUGGAAGUCAAUAGUAAUUAUACUACAAUCAAAGUUGAUGGUUAUUACACUACUUUCUAAAUCGAUUUGUUUUAUACUACUAUAAAAGGCGAUGGUUAUUAUACUGCUAUGAAAGUCGAUGGUAAUUAUACUACAAUCAAAGUCGAUGGUUUGUUUUAUACUACUAUAAAAGGCGAUGGUUAUUAUACUGCUAUGGAAGUCCAUGGUUAUUAUACUGCUAUGGAAGUCAAUGGUUAUUAUACUACAAUCAAAGUCGAUGGUUUGUUUUAUAUUACUAUAAAAGGCGAUGGUUAUUAUAAUACUAUGGAAGUCGAUGGUUAGUAUAAUACUAUGGAAGUCGAUGGUAAUUAUACUACAAUCAAAGUCGAUGGUUUGUUUUAUAUUACUAUAAAAGGCGAUGGUUAUUAUAAUACUAUGGAAGUCGAUGGUUAGUAUAAUACUAUGGAAGUCGAUGGUAAUUAUACUACAAUCAAAGUCGAUGGUUUGUUUUAUAUUACUAUAAAAGGCGAUGGUUAUUAUAAUACUAUGGAAGUCGAUGGUUAUUAUACUAAUAUAAAAGUCAAUGGUUGACAAUGAAAGACAGUGGUUAUACUACUAUCGACGUUGAUGGUAAUUAUACUACUGUAGAAGUCAAUGGUUUGUAAUAUAUUACUAUGGAAGUCGAUGGUUAUUACACUACUUUCUAAAUCAAUUUGUUUUGUACUACUAAAAGAGGUGAUGGUUUUUAUACUAUAAUUGAUGUCGACGGUUAUUAUACUGCGAUUGACGUCGAUAGUUUUUAAUAUAUUACUAUGGAAGUCAGUGGUUUGCAUUAUACUACUAUCGACGUUGAUGGUAAUUAUGUUACUAUAGAAGUCAAUGGUUUGUAUUAUACUACUAUUGACAUCGAUUGUUUGUAUUAUACUAGGUUGGAUAUCGAUGGUUUGUAUUAUACCACUAUCGAAGUCAAUAGUUAUACUACUAUGAAAGUUGAUAGUUAUUAAUACAAUAAAAGUCGAUGAUUUGUAUUAAAGUACUUUAAAGGCUGAUGGUUUGUAUUAUAAUUCUAUUUAAGUCAAUGGUAUUUCAUCUAUUGUAUUGUAGUUAAUAUUAUUACAUAAUACUAUUGAAGGCAAUAGUUGCAGGUUUUCAGCUUUCUGCCAAAUAUCUUCUCUUGUAUUCAACAGUAGAAAGAAACUCAUGAAGGUUUAGCCCUUGUAUACAUUUUGUACUCAGAUUUGAACACGUCAUGCAGUUUUGAAAUGAAGGUUUUUAUUAUUAAGGAAAAACUACAUAGCCCGGGGUGAAAAGGUGUUUGAUUGGCUGAAAAACAAAAGAAAUGAAGGUUUUGGAGUGGCCUGGUUAAAGUCCUGACCUGAAUCAAAUUGAGAUGACCUUAGAAAGGUGGUUCCUCCUAAGCACUGUAACAGGCUCAAAGCAGGUUGAUUGCGGUUCACAGUUUUCACACAGGACUCUGUAGAAUUGUAUUUUGCUUUUCACUUAAUAAUAAAAAACCUUAAAUUCAAAACAGCAGUGAGUCAAUGGUUGCAGGUUUUCAGCUUUCUUCAAAAUAUCUUCUUUUGUAUUCAACAGAAGAAACUCAUAAAGGUUUAGAACCACUUGAGGGAGAGUAAAUAGUGUGUAAAUUAAUUAUUUUUUUGAGUGAACUAUCCCUUUUGAAGGGAGAAAUUAUAUUUUGCAUUGCCAAAAGUAAAGCCUGUUGUUGUAGGAGCAUUCAUAUCAGCAUUGCAGUUGUUUUCAUGAGCAUUUCUCAUUAAUGUUAUUUAAAAUAAAUUAAAUUAAUUAACAUUCUCAUAAGAAAUGCAAUAGUUUAAUGGCUCUUAAAGGGAUAGUUCACCUAAAAAUGAAAAUCUCAUCAUUUACUUACACUCAAGUGCUUCUAAACACUUAUGGGUUUCUUCUGUUAUACACGAAACAAGAUAUUUUGAAGAAUGUUCAACAUCCAUUGACAUAGAAAUGAAAUAAAGUCCACGAAGGCAGCAUUCUUCGGUUUAUCUUUAUUUGUGUUGAACAGAAGAAAGAAACUCAGACAUUUAAUGAUUAAAUGAUGACAGCAUUGUCAUUUUUGGGUGAACCGUGUCUUUAAAAUAGGCUUGACUCUUGUUUUAAUGCUAAAUAUGAUUUGUUUUGAUUUAUGAGGUGGAAUCAUGGCCUGUUUUUAUGAGAUGGACCCGUUGGAUGUGUGUGUGGUGUUUUUAAAUAUGUGUGUGUGUGUGUGUGUGUGUGUUGGUCAUCUCUCUUCCAUCUACAGUGGGGAUUGGUUGAGUCUGCUUGACACUCUGUGCUGUAUUUAUUAUGUGUGUUGUUUUGUUCAGGACGCACUUGUCUGGUGCCUUUUAAACCGGCGAGACCUAACGAUGCAGUGGAGCUCUUGUGUUUGUACGCUUUAAUUUAUUUAAAGACUUUUUUUUUUUGUUGUUGUUAAUGGUAGCUGAAACGAGUAUAUUUCCUCCUCAAAUGAUGUCUUAUUUAUGAUCGUGUGGAUCUGUUUCUCAUUCUGAGCGGCACGAGGAUGUAUGCAUGUAUGCUUUUCUUCACCAAAACUAUGAGGGAGAUCACCGUGUCCACUCUGGCGGGACGUUCAUCAUUCAGAUCUUCUGAGAGAACGCUUUGUGAGUUGUGCACUGUGUAUUUUAAUUCACACACACACACACGGAAAUUGUAAUUGUAUAUAUAAGUUAUGCAGUGUAAAUUUGUACUGUUCCCCCUGUUUUUAGUCCUGAAGGUGUAGAAAUUAAUACAAGGGUUACUUUCUGUUCUAGCGCACAGGAUGUGAUGUCAAAACAUGUCACGUUGCAUACAUUUACGUAAGUCUCUCCUCCUUUUCUCUCCUCAUUCUGAAGAGAUCUUAUUCUGUUGCAACCAAAGCCUUCAGGUUUUUUGGCAAGACAUUGGAGUAUUGUUUUUUAACGUCCUCUGAACUCUCUUUAAGAUCCUGUACAUCUCUGAUGAAAUCAGGAACUUCUCUUCUUUGAUUAAACUGGUAGUCCAGGAGAAGCAUCUGUAGCUGUAGUGUAAAUUUGCCUUGGAUGGGAGAAAGGAUUGGGGUGGUGAUAAAUAAACAGUCUUAAGCACAAAAUA